AUGGCAUCAAAAGUAAAAGAUAAUUCAAUAGCAUUAUCAUUAUUAAAACUAUAUAGAUCCAAUAGAUCAUUAGUAUUAAAUACUUCAUAUAUAGUUUUAAUAACAGCUGCAUUUACGGGAGCAGCAAGUACUGGAUCAUCCGCUUCAUCAAAAAGAAUAGAUAAAUCAGAUAAAUCAGUUGAUUCUACUAAAGAUUCUAAAAAAUCACCUAAAUUAAGUAAACAAACUAUUGAUAGAUUAGUAAAAGCUAUAGUACCUCAUUAUUAUGAUAAAACUGUAUUUUAUUUAUUAAGUCACAUAGUGUUAUUGGUUAUAAGAGCAUUAUUGACUAUUAAAGUAGCUACAUUAGAUGGUCAACUAGUUGGUGCAUUAGUUUCAAAAAGAUUAAAAUUAUUUAGUAGGUUUUUAUUAGUUUGGCUCUUGUUAGGUAUACCAGCAUCUUUAACAAAUGCAUUAUUAAGUUGGACAAAAUCAAAUUUAAGUAAAAGUAUUCGAGAAAAUUUAAAUAAAUCAAUAAUAAAAGAUUAUUUACCUGAUAAUUUAGAUGCUAAUUAUUAUUCAUUAAUUCAUCUUAAUAAUAACAAGAUAAAAGAUCCAAAUCAAAGAAUAACAACUGAUGUAACAAGAUUAGCCCAAGCUUUAAGUGCAUUACCUGGACAAUUAUUAAAACCUACUUUAGAUUUAGUAUUGUGUGCUCGUAAGUUAAGUCAACUGGGUGUAGGUAAUGGUGAAGGUACUUUAGCUUUAGGAAUAUUAGCUCAUUUUUCAACAAUGAUUAUAAGAUUUUUUUCACCACCUUUUGCUAAAUUAGCUUCUGAAAGAGCAAAUCUUGAAGGACAAUUAAGAUCAGCUCAUUCUAAAAUAGUUUCAAAUAAUGAAGAAAUUGCAUUUUUAAAAGGUCAUUAUAGAGAAUUAGAUUAUAUUGAUUAUUGUUAUUAUACUUUAGAACGUUUCUUAAAGGGAGAAUAUUGGAAAAAAGCAAUUCAUGAAAUUGCACAAACUUUUAUUGUUAAAUAUUUUUGGGGUGCUGCUGGUCUUGUACUUUGUUCAGCACCAAUUUUUAUAAAUAAAUAUAUUGGAGAAGAUCCAGAUAAUAAUGCAGCAAGUAAUUUUAUUACAAAUAGAUCAUUAUUAUUAAGUGCUUCUGAUUCAUUAGAUCGUUUAAUUUUUGCAAGAAGGUAUCUUUUACAAAUUGUUGGUCAUUCAAAUAGAGUAGCUGAAUUAGAAGAUAGUUUACAUGAAGUUCAAAAAAAUAAAUUAAAAAUUCAUUCAAAUGUAAAAUAUGAUAAUAAUGAAAUAUGUUUUAAAGAUGUUAAAUUAUUAACACCAGCAAAUGUAACAUUAAUUGAAAAUUUAAAUUUUAAAAUUACAAAGGGUGAUCAUUUAUUAAUUUCAGGUCCAAAUGGUUCAGGUAAAUCAUCACUUUUUAGAAUGUUAGGAGGAUUAUGGCCAGUAAAACAAGGUACAAUCACAAUCCCAACAUCAGAAAAUAUGUUUUAUUUACCACAACGUGCUUAUUUAGUAUCUGAUUCUUCAUUAAAAGAACAAAUUAUAUAUCCACAUUCAAUAAAACAACAAAAAAAAUCAGAUGAAAAAUUAUGUGAAAUUUUAAAAGUUUUAAAAUUACAAGAUUUUAUACCACAAUUAAAUUCAAUUCAAAAUUGGAAUGAAGAAUUAUCAACAGGUGCACAACAAAGAUUAGCAAUGGCAAGAUUAUAUUAUCAUGAACCAAAAUUUGCAGUAUUAGAUGAAUGUACAUCAGCAGUAUCACCAGAUAUGGAACAAUUUAUGUAUGAAUAUGCACAAAAUUUAGGUAUAACUUUAAUUUCAGUAUGUCAUCGACCUGCAUUAUGGCAUUUUCAUAAGUACUUGUUAAAAUUUGAUGGUAAAGGUGGUUAUUAUUUUGGUAAAUUAGAUGCUGAAAAAAGAUUAAAUUUAGAAAAUGAAAGAAUUGAAUUAGAAAAAAAAUUAAGAGAUAUUCCAAUUUUAAAAGAAAGAUUAAAUGAAUUGAAAAAAGUUUCAAAAUUACAUCAUGAUAAAUAUCGUUAA